GGCUUGACAGCGGUGACACAGGCGCAUCAGCUGGUCGAGCGGAGCGGGACUCGGACCUGCGGCACACGGGACAACAACAGCGACGACACGGCCAACGACCCGAGGAGCACCAGCCUCCUCCACCGCCUCCUGCUCCUCCUCCAGCCGCCUCCUGCUCCGAAUUUCUCAAGGGGACUACUGGGAGAGAGAAGCAGAUUUUCCCCGUUCGCUGCUGCAGCCAGAAGAAGUCGGGGGCGUGGGACUCCACACACCUGUCCGCUGAGAAUCCAAUACAGCUACUGGAUGCUGCAACUGAGAACGAGAGAGGAAGAGGAGGAAGAAACAGUCAAAGAGAGAGAAAGAGAGAAAGAACUUGUCCUCCCCAGAUACAAGAGGGGGGGGGGGGGGUGUUUGGUCACAGAGAUCAUUGUUCGGCAGAAGUUUCUCAAGGGAGAGCCGGCCAUUGAAAAGUCUGUAAUGGCUGAGCUGUCGUCAGCCCAGGUGACCGAGUGCACCUGAACAGAACUUGUUUAUUACUGCGACUUCAAGAAAAGACCGAAUCCUCUGAAUCCUCUGAAUCCUCUUUGCCUGGAUUUUUAUUUGAUUCUGUUUUGGUGCUUUCACCUGGAAGAGAGAAACGAGCGCAGGAGAGCGAAUGACUCUGAUUUUUGGGACCGUCUGAGUCGAGCUGCUGAGGCUCGAGCCUCCAUGGGCUGGAAUGCAGAUUCUCACAUAUGGAAACAGACUUUACAGGACUGUGUUUGAGCAGCUGAGCCUGUGAGGGACCUGGAGGCGGCCAUGUUGGAUCUCUUCCUCAGAGCGCCGGUGUUGACCCGUCUUCGCCCGACGACUUGCAGCACCACCCUGCCGACCUAAGCCCUCUCUCUCUCUCUCUCUCUCUCUCUCUCUCUCUCUUCCUGCAUUCCUUUGCUUCCUCCGCCUGGUCGGGAGAAAGGUAAACGAAGUGGUGUGUUUUUAGUGGGCGUGCUUGAUUUCUUUGUGCAGACUGUUUGAGUAAACCAACUGUAGAUCCUGCUGAUGAGGUGGAAGUCUCUAGACUACACGGGGGGGGGGGGGGGUCAAACCAGGUGUCAAACUUACUGUGAUGAAAUAAAAUCCCUAAAAUCACUUCACUUAUUUUGUGCACUUAAGUUUGACAUUAUUGGCUUUAUUCCCCACUGCUUAUUUUAUUUAGCAUUGAUGGUCCAUUUCUUUUAAAUGAACUUGAACCCUUUAAGUUAGAGGUAUGCUCUUUAGUUUCUCUAGAACUACCUUUUUAUAAAGUUGGAUGUUCAUCUUUUUCCUCGGUGUCUAACAAUAUUGCAUAUAUCUGUAUCUUAAUCGGCUCGUUCCAGCUCUGAAUAGGAAAUAUACCUGAUGUCUCAGUAACCCAAUCCUAAUCCUACCCUAAUACUGCUUGAUAGCAUUAUACUGUAGCAGUUAAGAAGGCUGCUCCAUGAUCCCUGCUUUGUUUGUUUUAGAAAAGAGACAAACAAAGGCGGCAGGAUCACGCCCACAAUGUGUGAAUGUACUCAGCAUGACUGCAUUUCGGAAUUAAAGGUGGUGACGCCCGUCGGUCCUCCAAGGCCAUCUCCUCCUUUCACACUGGUUUGGAUCUGUCGCUUCCUCCGCUGCUGCUUCAAAGCCAAAUCUAAGAUGACCCAACUUUUCAUAUUUGUACCUCGUAUAUGGGCACAUGUUUGCAUCAUUUGUCUAAAAAUGAAAGUGUUGUAUAUUGAGUAACUUUGAGACUUAGAAAUUAAUAAAGCGUUUGUUGGGUUUGACUGAUGUUUGUCUGGAGUUUGCAGCGACGGACUCAUCAGAGGACGAAGUGCACUCAUGUCCUCCUGUUUGCUCUUUGCAGGUCCUUUUAAGGAACAUGUCCUAUGCACACGACCACACGCUGCUCACCUGGAGCUCACCUCACCUCGCCCUCCUGCCGCUGACCUACCUCUGGCUCCUGGCUCCAGCCACAGGUGUGUCAGCAGAUCUCUGCCGGGUGACCGGCGGCGUGCUGGGGAUCCACUGGAGCAGCACCAUCAGCGUGGGUUGGCGCCCUCUAGCAACUGGCAGAGCCGGGGCGACGUGUUGGGAGUCCUGCUGCUUAGAGCCGAGCUGCGAUGCCGUGUGGAGCCUCGGUGGGCACUGUGUGCUCCUCAGAUGCUCCCUGAAGGGGGGCUGCCUCAUCUCCAUCCUGCCCCAGCCCCACCAGGAGUCUCUUGGCUUACUGCAGCUGAUCUCCAAGGGUCCCAUCACAGCGAGACGCAGACAGGCUCGCAAUGCACCGCAAACAGGAAGCCACCCGCCGCACACAGGACACCUCAAUGACACGGUAACAUCACAGAAGGAAAGUUCAAAACUGGAAACAGAUCAUCCAACUCAUUCUGUACCCAGCACCACCCCCCUUCUUCAGAAGCCCCAGAAGAACCUCAGCCAUUCAACCAAUGGGAGUUCGGACUCCUCUGAGGUUCAAUCACCAAUUAGCUCGACGACACCGCACAACACUGUUGAUACUCCUCCGUCUUCCAAUGGCAGUGAUGUCAUCUCACCCACAGCGACUGAGGCUGCCACCAUCACCACUACAACACAGGCUGCAGUGAGGGAGCUGGUGGUGUCAGCGGGGGAGAGCGUGGAGGUGACGCUUCCCCGCAGCUCGGUCGAACUCAACGCCUUUGUAGUCCCAACAUCACCAGAAGGGACAGACUAUGCAUUUGAAUGGCGUCUGAUUACACAUCCCAAAGAUUACAGCGGGGAGGUGGAAGGAAAGGACAGCAAGACGUUAAAGCUCAGCAAGCUGACGGUGGGCCUGUAUGAGUUUGAGUUGACGGCGGACGGGGACGGGGCUCACGGAGAAGGUUACGUCAAUGUCACAGUCAAACCAGAGCCGCGGAUAAACAAGCCGCCUGUUGCCAUCGUUUCCCCAAAGUUCCAGGAGAUUUCUUUGCCGACCAGCUCUACGGUGAUAGACGGCAGCCAGAGCACCGAUGAUGACAAGGUGGUGGCUUGGCUGUGGGAAGAAGUCAAAGGUCCCCUGAGGGAGGAGAAGGUCUCUGCCAACACCGCCAUCCUCACCCUCAACAACCUGCUGCCUGGGAACUACACGUUCAGUUUGACCGUGACGGACUCGGACGGAGCCACAAACUCGACACUGGCCACGCUCUCUGUCCACAAAGCCAAGGACUACCGGCCUGUGGCCAAUGCCGGCCCAAACGAGGUCCUCCAGCUGCCACGGAACUCCAUCACCCUGUACGGCAACCAAAGCACAGACGACCAUGAUUCCCUGUUGUACGAGUGGUCCCUCAGCCCGGAGAGCAAAGAUAAAGUGGUGGAGAUGCAGGGUGUCCGGACACCGAUCCUGCAGCUGUCAGCGCUGCAGGAGGGAGACUACACCUUCCAGCUGACUGUGACCGACUCAUCCGGACAGCAGGAAACCGCCCAGGUCACGGUCAUCGUGCAACCAGAAAACAAUAAACCACCCGUGGCAGAUGCAGGACCAGAGAAGGAGCUGACGCUGCCGGUGGACAGAACCACACUGGACGGCAGUAAGAGCAGCGACGAUCAGAAGAUCGCCACCUACCACUGGGAACAAACCAGUGGUCCUGAUAAUGUGAAGAUUGAGAACCCAGACGCCGCCGUGGCCACGAUGACGGGCCUCGAGGUCGGCAGGUACGAGUUCACCCUGACGGUGACGGAUGACCGGAAGCUGAAGAGCACCGACACGGUCACGGUCAUCGUCAGAGAAGAACUGGACCAACCGCCGGUGGCUCACGUCCUGUCCAGUCCACCUGUCUCACUGCCGGCCAGGACCGCCACUCUGGACGGAUCUCACACCACCGACGACAAAGGCGGAGUCACCUUCCUGUGGACGAGAGACGACAGCAGCCCUGCGGCAGGAGACGUACUGAACAACUCUGACCACCAGGCUGUGCUGUUCCUUGGAAACCUGGUGGCUGGGAAGUACAGUUUCCAUCUGUUAGUAACUGACAGCAAAGGACAGACCAGCACUGACAGGGGCACCUUGGAGGUCAAACCAGACAUGUGGGAGCGGGACCUGGUGGAGCUGGUGUUGGAGGUCUCGGUAUCGCAGGUCUCCCACCGGCAGCGGGACAUGCUGCUGCGCCAGGUUGGGGUUCUACUGGGCGUGCUGGACAGCGACAUCAUAGUGCGAGAGAUCCGUGCGUAUAAUGAGCACAGCACUCGUUUGGUCUUCCUGGUGUCAGGCGGUCCGGGGCGCCCCCCUCUGUCCGGUCACAGCGUUGCACUUGGCCUACGCAACAAACUGCGCAAACAGAAGAACGACUUCCUCAUUUACAAGGCUCGACGUGUGGACACAGUCAUCUGCCAGCUGAACUGCUCCGGCCACGGCGAGUGUGACUCGUUCACGCGGAGAUGUGUGUGUCAUCCUUUCUGGAUGGAGAACUUCAUCAGAGCUCAGCUCGGAGACGCAGAGAGCAACUGUGAGUGGAGCGUGCUCUAUGUGACUAUAGCAUCUUUUAUGAUUGUGGUUGCAAUGGCAACACUUGUAUGGGGGAUAGUGUGUUGCUGCAAAAGACGAAAGAGCAAAGUGCGCAGGAGUAAAAGUCGAUACAAGAUGCUGGAGGCGGAGGAGCAGGACAGUCUGGAGCUUCAGCCGCAGAGAGUCGCCCGUAUGAAGCCCGUCCCAGCCCCCACCUCCUCCGCGCUCAUGCACUCGGACUCCGACCUGGACAGUGACGAGGGGCACGGCGGGGUCCCGUGGACGGACCAGGAGCGGGGGCACCUCCUGCGGCCCCAGAACGGCUCCCUGAGGAACGGCCAGGGGCCGGUCAGGGGCAAGAAGCAAAGAGAGGAGCUGCUAUAGCAAGAGAGGAGGGGGGAGCUCACCACGGCCCUCGUACAUCCCUCCUCCACCCCUCUGUUCCUCACGCUUCCUCUGCUUCUUUUGUUGUUCUUCAACACAAAAACCUCACACCUCUCAUCCAUGAAGACGGACAGCAGGACACCUGGAUUUAGCAAAAGGGAGAGAGGGAAAAACAUGCUGGAAACUUGUUGUCCCACUGGCACGGAAAAACACCAUCAUACUGGAAUAUCCCUGAUUCCCACACUGAUCCAACUUGGAGGGAAAGAACUAAAACGUUAAAUGAGAAUUCUGGGGGGAGCACUGUGUUUUGUAUAAAAUAUAACAUAGACCCCUACUAUUUAACACACAGAGACAAAAAGAAUGUACUGUCACCCUCUGACUGAGGAACGCGUUAGCUAGAGGCCGCGGGAGAGAACACUAGCCUGAGUUACACUUGACUUCCUGGAUUUGAUAAAACACACAAAAAAAUAAACACUGCUGCGAUGACACGAAAACCAGCCACUUGACACGCUCACUCCUCGCCUCUUGUACACGUGCAUGUUCGCACACAUUAUGUUCGAGGUCGACCCGGUGCUACCAAACGGCGCCAUGUUAAAACCAACUGUCGUCUCUGCUCUGGGGAUUUUGUUUCCGAGAAUCACGUGAAGGAAAAACGCAACAAAACCGCAUCGGACAACAACAAAAGAAACUGUGCAUGACAAGUCAGAUUGCAGUUGUGGUACAAUAUGACCUUGGAAUGACCGCCUGCAUGUUUGUGUGGAUUAGUUUGGCUGCUGUGGCGAAAGAUGUGAUCCUCAGCACAGUUUUUUUUUUUUUUUUUUUAAUGUCUGUUAUGAAACAACCCCAGGAAGAGUCGCCAUGUUGUCAGUUAUGGCGGUUUAGCCCAGAAGCACCGUGCUUUUAUUGUGAAGGUUUUCUCUAUGGAUUAAAUCCCUUGGAACACACACACACACACACA